GCCAUCUGAGAGACCGGACUCGAUACGGAAAUAGGAGUGCUGCAAAGAGCAAUUCGGUACCUCUUCGUCUAACUUCUGCCUGUUAUUUAGGCUUGCGCUCCUUUCCAGGCCUGAUAAUCAAUCAAUUUACCAACUUGCGGAGCAAAUAACGGUCAAAACAACCGCCCUCCAUUUACCGUCCCGGGUGUUGCUCUUUCGAUACAUUGCGCCUGGAACUCACUCUCUUCACUCCUGACACCAACUCUAUUCGCUGCCCAAUUAUUAAGCGCACACAAUCGACGUCUUAUUGGAAGCUCUUUUGCAGCUUCUUGACCGAACCGCGACACAGGCUCCCCCGCUUCGUCGUUCAUGAAAUCGAAGCAACGGCCUAGCUCCCGGAUACCGCCUAAGAGAUGGCGCAGCUACUGCACAACUCGCCCAUAGUCAUCGACAAUGGCUCUGGUACCAUCAGAGCGGGCUUUGCGGGCGAGGACUUGCCCAAGUGCUUCUUCCCGUCGUUUGUCGGCAGGCCAAAGCACCUGAAAGUUCUUGCCGGCGCCUUGGAGGGUGAUGUCUUCAUCGGCGAGAAGGCUGCAACAGAAUUGAGGGGCCUGCUCAAGAUUAGGUAUCCCCUCGAGCAUGGAAUCGUGACGGACUGGGAUGAUAUGGAGAAGAUUUGGGGCUAUGUCUACGAAGAGGGCCUCAAGGUGUUGAGUGAAGAGCAUCCCGUACUUCUCACCGAGCCACCAUUAAAUCCGCGCUCGAAUCGCGACACUGCAGCCCAGAUUCUCUUCGAGACCUUCAACGUCCCUGCACUAUACACAUCCAUCCAGGCCGUUCUGUCUUUGUAUGCAAGCGGUCGUACCACGGGAAUUGUGCUCGACUCAGGAGACGGUGUGUCGCAUGCGGUCCCCGUAUACGAGGGUUUCGCCAUCACCAACAGCAUCCAGCGUAUCGACGUAGCGGGCAGGGACGUGACUGAACACCUACAAACCCUUCUGCGCAAGAGUGGGUAUGUAUUCCACACCAGCGCAGAGAAGGAGGUUGUCAGGUUGAUCAAGGAGGCUACGAGCUACGUGGCCCAUGAUCCCAAGAAGGAGGAAAAGGAAUGGGCCGGUGCAAAGCUGGACCCGUCAAAGAUGAUGAGCGACUACACGUUACCGGAUGGUAACAAGAUCAAGCUUGGUCCAGAAAGAUUCAGGGCACCCGAGAUUCUCUUUGACCCCGAGAUCAUUGGAUUGGAGUAUCCAGGCGUGCAUCAGAUGGUGAUCAAUGCCAUUGGAAAAACAGACCUUGAUCUGCGCAAGUCGCUCUACUCCAACAUAGUGCUAUCAGGGGGUAGCACGCUGACCAAGGGCUUUGGAGAUCGACUCUUGACCGAGGUUCAGAAGCUGGCGGUGCGAGACAUGAGGAUAAAGAUCUUUGCUCCUCCAGAGAGGAAAUACUCGACCUGGAUUGGUGGCAGUAUUUUGGCUGGAUUGAGCACUUUUAGAAAGAUGUGGGUAAGCAUGGACGACUGGCACGAGAACCCAGACAUAAUUCACACCAAGUUCAACUGAGGCGCGCCAUUUGUGGCCUGCGCACCGACGCUGAACUAUGAGGUUUAACGAUCAAACCUUCUUGGCUACUAAUUGAGAUGACUAUGCUCUACUGGUGGCUGAGGACCAGUCUCAAUGAACGUUGGAGGCUACUGUAUGGCAUAGUGAUAGCCUGUACGUUGGCGGAGGCGGCAGGUCGAGGCAGGCACAGGGAGAGGGAGUUAAUCGGCUACCGAUAUGAAGUGCGGAACCAAGAGCAGCGCCUUCAAUGCUACAAACGCUUUCAUGUAGACAACGACAGGAG